UCGGGUUGCGGGUUGAUCACAGACACACGUGCUAAAAAAAGACCUCUCCGCGGUGUCUGAAAGCAAAACUACUUUCCUUCAGAGCAGUAACAAACCGUCUCAAAUAAUUUCGAUUACGAAGUUCUCGCGCCUAUUUGUAACAAAUUAUUCCAUUACGAACCUGCGUAAAGUUGUUGAAAGUUAUCUUAGGAAUCCAUUUGAAUAGUGAUUGUGGGAUUUUGGCGCCCAAACGUAGUCGUGAAGAGUAUUUAACGCUAGUGUGUUGUGAUUGUUUCUUAAUUAAAGUUAGUUUACAAAACAAAAUUUGAUGCUGUGGAGAAACUAACCUAACUAAACAGUGACAAUGGAGGAGUUGCAAACAGACACACUGUCUGAUUACGGGAAAAGUCAGCACCAAGAUCUUGAUAUCAAUAAGGACAAUGAGAAUGGUGCAGCUAACCUUCUCAAUGGAUGUGAAGAAGUAGAUGAUCCUUUGGAUCUUAUGGCAGAUAAUUGUGACAACGUAAGCAUUGCCAGCAACAGUGAUGUUUGGAAGGGAAGUGACAGCGAAGAUGACAAUUUUGAAAGCAAAGAAAGUCCAGCAGAGAAUGAAAGUGCAAAUAGGGAAAACGAGAAAGAGUCUGACAAAACUGUCAGUAUUAAUGACAAGCAAUCAGAUGUUGCUACGGAUGGAACUAUUGCUGAGAAGGAAACAUCAAACGAAGACAAAAACAAAGUUGUUGAAAACAACACUAAAAUUGAUGAUGCAGAAACAAAGCAAGGUGUUGAAGGCAACAGCAAAGUUGAUGAUGCAACAACAAAACAAAGUGCUGAAGAUUCCUCAAUUAUUGAAAGUGAGGAACAAAUUGAGGCAGAACAACCUGAGAAAGCUAGUGAUGAGGUAGUUGAUAAAGAAACAACUGAAGGUGUACAUGAGGCAGAGAACAAAGAAAAAGAUAUUAGUGAGACAGAAAAUAAAGAAAAAGAGUCUGAGAGCAAUGAUAAAGUGGAAAACAAUACCGACAAUGUUGAUAAUUCUGUUAACGAACAAGAAAAACCUGCAGAUGUUGCUGCUACAGUGGAAGCACUUGUAUCCAGUGUAGCAGAGAGUGUUCCUACAUCUCCUAAGGAGGCAGCUGAGGAAAUUACUACUGACAAAGAUUCUGUUAAUGAAGUGGCUGCAGACAAAGAACCUGUAGUAAAUGGGGAUAAAGAUCCACCUACUGAGGAACCAAAUAAGGAUACUGCAGAGGAUGGGCCACCAAACAGAUAUACUAGUGAACAAGAUGAUGAAUGUCAAAUGGAUUAUGAUGCUGAGGAUGAUGAUGAUUUUGAUCCAUCAUUACUUUGUCCAGAAGUGUCAAUGGCUGUGGAUGAUAAUCCAGUAGUAACCACCAAUGGUGGUGUGCCAAAUGAAACUGGGAUUGAUAGCCCAUUGCCAUAUGAGCCAGUUUUUUCCACUUUUGUGGAUGAUGUCACAGGGGCUGAGAUUUCGUUCAACUUGACCCCAGAGGAGUUAGAAUUGAAGAAAAGACUGUAUGGACCAACGAAUCCUGUCCAGUUCACCCGAAUCCACUGCACCGCUUGCAACGUUCACCUGGGUAGUGCUCUAGAAGGACAAAACAAUCGAUUCGUUCAUCCACUCUUAAAAGUAAUCAUUUGUAAAGAAUGCUACCACUUUUACACGAGCGGCGAGUUCGAGAAAGAUGAAGACGGCAGCGAACUGUACUGUCGCUGGUGUGGCCAAGGAGGCCAAGUCGUCUGUUGCUCAAAAUGCGAAUUUGUCUUCUGUAAAAGGUGCAUUCGCACAAACUUCGGCAGAAAGAAGAUGUUCGAGAUCCGCGACAGCGACAACUGGGACUGCUUCAGGUGCAAUCAAUCUCAGAUCAUCACGCAAAGAAUAGCCUGUUACGAAUUUUUUGAGUACGUGCGAAGGGAGAUGUCGCUAGCAGCGACACUUCCCACUUCCGAGAUUUGGAGCAAGGAUUAUUCGAGAUGCUGCGGCGCGAAGAAGAGGGCCGCAGAAAAUGCGGAAGAAACGAAAAAAGCUAAGAAAAGAAAGAGCGAGACGGAUCCGGAUUAUAAUCCUCUUGCAGAGAAGGUGGUGGACGAAAGCAAUGCCGCGUCGACAAUUGUUGCCAAUCCUUUGGCGACUUCUACUCCGAGGCUUCAGAUGCCAACUCUAAGUAAAGGAAUUGUACUUCCUAAACCGAUUAAGUUUGUACCAAGGUACACGAUGAGCAAGGCGAAGGACAACGACAUUGAAUUUGUUAGACAGAUUCCGGCACCACAUGUGACUGUUAGUGCAACAACGAGGCCAACAUAUCGAACGAUUUUGCCGACUCCUGGAAAUGCCGCUAGAGCAGUUCUUCAACCACCUACUUUAGUUCGAAUAAGUGCACAACCUCUGCCCCCGCUAGUACCCACUACGAAUAGAAUACUAGGUUCCGCUUUACAAAACAGAAACGUAAAUAACUCCUCAAUGAUGAAACACGAGUGGUUCGAGAAGACAGUAAGAGCAGCAGCACGCGUAAACUCACAUUUAUCAUACACUUUGACGCAACUCAACAAAGCACAGUCUCAAGCGGCCAGCGUCGAAGAACUAGCCGUUGUUCACAACAAACUCCAGGAAAUUUUAAGCAGUUCGAUUAAUUCCUUGAUACAAAUUCGGAAAAACCUCCGAACCGAAUUCAUCGCGGGUAUUAAAACCGUUCGGUUACCAUCAAAGAAGAGCGAGGCCUUCAACAGCGACGACGACGUUAUUUUUGUGAGUGCUCCAGCAACCAUGCCUAUGCCAUCAACUUCCUCUAUCCCACCACUAGCCAAAGAUUCCAAGAUAGGUGCGAAUAAAUUGAGCUCUCCUAUGACGACAGUUAAUAACUCCAAGGCGGUCGUCAGUACCGAGCGACCUAAGGGGUAUCUAAAAGUAAAAUCGGUGAAGGAGUUGCAGAAUGUGCCAUCUGAAUGUAUAACAAUUCCUGAUGAUACUCCCGCACCACCGAAACCACAAAGUGAAAAUCAAGUCAGUCAACCGGAGCAAGUUAUUUGCAACGGGUCUCCUGAUGUUGUCGGAAAUUUAAAUAAGGAAAGUGAUCCGUUAGGUGGCGCUGCAGUUGACCCUCUAGCUGAUACCCCGACAGACCCUCUGGCUGAAACGCCCCAAGUAACAGAAAAAGUAGUUGAAAAAGAAAUAACUGCCACUAUUGAUUUAAGCGAAACAUCGAAUUUAGGUGACUCAGAGUCUGGUAAUAACACAAAGCAAGUUAAAGAAACCCGGAAGCGGAGGAGCAAAAAUAACAGUUUAGUUUAUGACUUGAAGGAACAGCCGACAGUUGAUGUUAAAAGAAUGAUGACUGUAACAGUUAAGCUUCAACGAGAUAAUCUCGAAGAAUUACAAAAAAAGUUAGCCAGUAACAAGUAGUGAUUUGGUUCUACGUCUGGAAACAGUUUAUAGUGUAUAGUAUUAUAUAAUAAUUUUCUGAAAUGUAUUGAUAUUUUUGUGUCAUACUGUAAGCGUAAGCUACAUCAAGGCGGUGCUUUCACGUAGUUUAUGAGAAACGUUCACCAGAUUUUACUAAAUUACUAUGAAGUUUGAAUUUUUAUAGUAUCCAUCACUACAUUUUUCGCGGGAAAUUAUUGUAAUGUAACUAUACAUCUCAUGAAGAUGAUCUGGGAGUACUUUUGUUUUUAACAGAACUUUUUUUAAGUUAUAACGUUCCUGAUUUUGUACUGUAUUGUAUAUAAGUAUUGGACUUUCAAUAACAAGCAAGCGGUUUCAUUUUCAAAAUUAAUACUUGUUUAUGACUAUAUUUUUGUUACUAUUACGCAUUUUUAAAUAAAUGU